AUGUUGGCUCCCAGGCGCGGAUUGUGCGCAUUCAGCAGCGGUGUGAUCCGGAGAAUCUCGAGCUACGGCGCGAGCGCUAGGUACGCAGCGGCAGCCCAGAAUGCUGCAGCGGUGGAGGAAGCGGCGGCGGGCGUGAGCGAGGAAGAGGGAUCUGCCGCCGCUGCUGCUGCUGCUGCUUCGAUCGAGGAGGCCAAGCCCAAGAAGAAGAGGGCGCCGCGGAAGAAGGCCGAGAAGGUCGAGGAGGAGUCGCCCAAAAGCGAGGAGGCGAAGAGCACAAGCAAGAAUGAAGAGAAGAAGAAGAUCGAGGGGGAGAAAAAGAAGAAGGCUAGUGAGCCCGUGAAGAGCGAUGACGCUGCUGCCCCAGCAAAGAAGAGUGGUGAUUCCCCGCCGAUGCUCAAGACGCUCAAGACGCUCAAGAGCAUCAUAUCCAAAUCCAGUGGCGACGUGGAGGUGCUCAAGAAGAAGCUGGCCGAGUACGAGGGGCCCUUCUCGGUGGCGGCGCUGGAGCGCGCCAUGGCUGGAUCCUCCGCCGAGUUUGCUCUGCCGCUCUUCCGCUGGGCCACAACCCGCCCGGAGUUUUGCGCCGAGAGCAAGGCCGUCCAUCGGUUCGUCACGGUUCUUCGCAACGGCGAGAAGCUGGAGGAAGCUCGAGCGUUCAUUGCCAACGAGCUCAGUGACCUCCCUGAGGUCCAGAGGAUGGCCUACUCGGCGACUUACAUCGGCUACAUCAACUCCAAGAACAACGAGAAAGCUGACGAGGUCCUGGCCGAGAUGACCGAGCGUGGAUUCACUCCACACGGCUCGGCUCUCAACCGGCUGCUCCUCAUGCGCUGGGACCGAGAUGGAGUGGACGGGAUGCUGGAGCUCCAGCGCGAGCACACCGCUCGAGGGUGGCUGCUCGACGCCGGAGGAUACAACCAGCUGAUUAACGGGCUGUGCCGGGCGGACAAGAUGGACGAGGCGGUGGCGGAGCUCAUGGAGAGCUUGGACAAGGGAGUUGUGCAUCACGAAGGGACGUUCCAGGUGCUCAUUCACGCUCUCCACUCCAGGGACCGCCUGGACGACGCUCUCAAAGUCGCGGACAAGAUGUUCUCGGUGCUGGACGUGAAGACUCGCUGUGCCCCGCUCAAGACUUUCGUCCACAAGCUAGUGGAGAACAAGCGGUACGACGACGCGAUGAGAAUCUUCGAGCAGCUGAUCCGGGCGACGGAGCCGACCGACUUGAAGAUCGUGAGCUUGCUGUGCGAGGCCGGGGAGCUGGACCGAGCGGUGGAGGUGGCGGAGCUCAUGAGGAAGCACCAAGUCAAGUAUAACUUGGAGUUUAAGGUGCUGGUGGCGAAGCUUUGCGAGGCACAGAGGGUGGAGGAUGCAAGGAAGGUGUUUGAUAUCAUGGUGGAGGCCGGAGUGAGCCCCGACGCGGAGACUUGUACCAAUCUGGCGAUGUGCUCCGGAAAGGAGGUGAGCAAGGCAGUGGAGAAAGAAGAAGUGGAGAAGGAAGAAGAGAAGGCGAUCGACGAGAGCUUCGACGAGAACGAGAGCGAGAGCGAGAGCAACAAGGCGUGA